AUCUUUGUCAGACGUGCAAACAGACCCGGAAGUUUUUUUGAAAAAACAAUGAGUUUUAACUGUAGAGAAGACGGUUUAGGAGAACUAUUAUUCAAAUGUUUACAGAAAUAUGGUAAAAAAGUAUUACAGUUUUUAGAUGACACAAAUGACGUUAACACAUUCUCGGAUAUUCUAACGAAAAGUGUCAGGACAGCAAUUAAACUUAAACAAGAUGGAAUUAGUCGAGGUGAUAUUGUUUCCAGCUGUACCCACAAUCACAAAAACUCUAUCAUCCCUUUCAUUGCUACACAGUUUUUAGGCGCAAUUUCAGCAACUUUUGAUGAAAAUCUACCCCAAUUGGAUACUGUACACUUAUUAAAACUAGUUCAACCCAAGAUCCUGUUUGUUUCCGAAAAUAGCCUAGAAUUUAUGGAAAAAUGUGUACAUAAAGCAAAUAUUAAUACAAAGUUAGUAGUAUUUGGCGUUAGUAAAGAAUAUACUGAAUUUUCGAAAUACGUGGAACCUUGCCAUGAAGAAGAAAAAUUUUGUCCAGUUCAAAUUGAAAACCAAAAAGAUACAGCGGUGAUUGUUUUUAGUAGUGGCACAACUGGUUUACCUAAAGGAAUUUGUUUGCAUCACACACCUUUAAAAAAUAUAACUAAUCUAGUUACUACUCUAGAUGAAGAAGAUGUGAUAUUAUAUUAUGCCUCGCUUUAUUGGAUUGGUGGUAUAAAUGUUUUAAUCAAAGUUAUAACUAGUGGAUGCUCGUGGGUCAUUUGCAAACGAUAUGAUCCAGCUUAUUCGUGGAAUCUUAUUGAAAAAUAUAAGAUUACGUUUAAGUUCCUACCAUCUUAUGACGCCAAAGAUUUUUUAGACCACAAACCAAAAAACGUUGAUACAAGUAGUUUAAAAGUAUUUAUAACUGGAGCAUGUGCUGUCUCGCAGAAAUUAAUGAAAAGUCUGAUAGAAGCUCUACCUCAAACUAGAAUUAUUCAAAAUUAUGGUAUCACUGAAACAUUAAUUUUCACUUCGUUUAAUCCAAUGAGUGAUGAGGAAUAUAAAAUACAACUUUUAAAACCAACGUCUUGUGGCAAAGUUGUUUCUAAUUUUAAGUGGAAGGUUGUAGAUAUUAACACCGAAAAACUUCUUGGUCCAAACGAAAAAGGUGAAAUCAGAGUCAAAAGUAAAUAUAUGAUGACAGGAUACUACAAAAUGGAUUAUUCGGCUGCCUUCGACAUAGAUGGAUAUUUCAAAACUGGAGAUUUAGCUUAUUAUGAUGAAGAUGAGUGUUUUUACAUUGUUGGUAGAAUAAAAGAAAUAUUUAAAUACAGGGGAUGGCACAUUAUUCCUACAAUAAUCGAAGAAGUACUAACAUCGCACCCUGCAGUAAAAGAAGCUGCAGUAGUUGGAGUACCACAUGAAAUUGAUGUAGCUCAUCCAAUGGGAAUUGUAGUACUAAAUAAGGGAUAUGAUCAUAUAAAAACAGCUACUAUUGUUAAUUUUGUUAAUGAGAGAGUUUCUGAAAUCCAGAAGUUAAGGGCUGGUGUUAUGAUUGUGAACAAUAUUCCAAAAACUACAACUGGAAAAAUAAAUGCUCGGUUAUUACACGAGAUUGUUUCUAAUAAUUUUAUCCAGUAAUAUUAUUUAAUAAUAAUCUCAGUAAAAUAAUUACAAUCGAAAAGUGGGGUAAAUAUAAUAAUUAUUUUUUUAAAUGUAAAAUAAGUAAAAUUUGUCAGAAACUACCUCUUUAAUAGAAACCUUACUUAAGGCGCAUUAUACUUGUUUUUUCAUGAGAUCUUGAGGUAUACUAUUUUCACAUUACAGCUUAGCCAUUAAAAAUGUUUUUUGCAUCCGAACUUUGUGAAUACUUGUCUUGUCUUAUUUAUAAUGAAUAAGUAGACUAUAAGUGAUUUAUAACAGUGAGAUGAGGUAGGUAGGUAAAGGCACCAAACCUAGGAUUAGGUUUAAAAUUAAUACGACUCUUGCCACCUGUUGCGUCGUUGUAGACGAAUUUAUAAAUAAUUUAUAGGAUAUGUAGUAUUAAUUAUGUUAUACCUAAAAAAGGGAUUAACUUAGGUUCGGUGCAUUUAUUUACCUACAUUUUAUUGUAUUUGGUUUACUACACGACUCAAAU